GAUGUCUUUAUUUGGUCUAUGUAGAGGUUACCUUGCACCUGAGUAUGCUAUACGAGGUCAGCUGACAAGGAAAGCAGAUAUAUAUAGUUUUGGCGUUCUGCUACUAGAAAUUGUUAGUGGGAGGUGCAACACAAACAAGCGGUUACCUUAUGAAGAACAAUAUCUGCUUGAAAAGGCAUGGGAACUGUAUGAGAAAGGAGAGCUAUUGCAAUUGGUGGAUGCAUUAUUAAACGAGGAUUACAAUGUUGAAGAGGCUGACAGAUAUCUGAAGAUUGCUCUCCUCUGCACCCAAGAUAUGCCUAAGCUCCGACCGUCCAUGUCUACCGUGGUUCAGAUGCUAACAGGUGAAAUAGAUGUAAGCGAACAAAAAAUAUCAAAACCUGGCCUUCUUUCUGAGUUACUCGGACUCAAAGUUGGCAAGGGCCAGAAAGAUGAGUCCGAUGGGAAGAAUAAAGCUUUGACACAAUCUGCAGACUCUGGCAGGCUGGAUGGUUCUUCUUCAUCUUCAGGAAAUAUGGAUACCUCUUAUGCUACCAUGACCUUCAACUCUAUAUAUGACCGAAGCAAUUAAGUUGAUAAAAUAUUUUUUAACUUAUUAUUUCAUUUUUCUUUCUUUACUGAAGAUCAAUAGAGUUUGGCUUUGGAGGGCAUUUGAAGUGCAUAUGAGGUGCUAACAAAGUGAUUCUUAGUCUUUCGGCAAAUCAUUUCUGUACAUGUUCUGUAAUCUAGUAGGUUUUUGAUCUAGUUGAUUCUUUUUCCACGUAGCUCUUUGUUUUCCUUUCUUUUCGAUAUUGUUUUUGUGUUUCUGGAAAAGAGGACCUAUUCUACACUCUUUGGCCACUCAACUUGUACUUCUCAGUAAUUAAAUAAAGGAACAAAUGCAAGUCCGUAUUCAUUAA